AUGGCUGGUGUGGCUGGUAGCGGCUAUCUCAGGGGCCAUGUGACAAAAAUGCAGCUGUUCUACAAGACACAGUUCAGCCAGAACUACGAUACUUACCCAGUUGAAUUCGAAACACCGUCCGGUAAUCACAACGCGAUGCAUCAGUUCGAACUCACACCACCUCUCCGUGCUCGUUACAUUCUGCUCGGAGUAGCAGAGUACGAGGGAAAUCCAUGUAUUCGAUUCGAUUUGCUGGGAUGUUUAGCUCCAAUGACUCUUUCGCAUGAGAUACCUGCACAUCUA